AUGACGUUAUUCGACGACCAUUUACUUAGCCCGGUGGGCAUCAUGUACUCUCUAGGCAUAUUGUUCGCCUCUGUCAUCCUCUACGCCAUCAGUACGAUCGUGUACAAUCUUCUCUUUCACCCACUCCGCCAUAUUCCGGGCCCAUGGCUAGCUGGCUCCACUCCCAUCCCGUAUGGCCUGCAAAUGCGCUCUGGCAAGAUCGUCACUUGGAUCCAGCAACUCCAUGCUCAAUACGGUGAUGUAGUACGCGUCACCCCGACCGAAGUCUCCUUCAUCAGCGGCGAGACGGCUUGGCCCGAGAUCUACGGCUUCCGCACAGGCGAGUACAAAGACACCGGUGCCUAUCUGAAAGACAAUGCGUGGUUCCCAAAGCCCAUCAACGGCGUGUGGUCGAUCAUCAACAGCAACGAGGCAGACCACGCCCGCCUCCGCCGCAACCUCUCGCACGCCUUCAGCGACAAGGCGCUGCGAUCGCAAGAAUCACUCAUCACUUCUUACGUCGACCUGCUCAUCCACAAGCUCAGCGAGCACGCCGAAAAUUGCGCACCCGUGGAUAUCAUGCGCUGGUACAACUAUACAACCUUCGACAUCAUCGCGGACCUCUCCUUCGGCGAGCCCCUCUACUGCCUCCGCGACAGCGAGUACCACAUGUGGGUGAACAUGGUUUUCAGCUCGCUCAAAGGGAUCCCCACAAUCGCCAUCCGCAACAAGUACCUCGUCUUCCGCUGGCUCGACAAGCUGCGCGGCCUGUUCACAGACACGCAAGUCGCCGUGCGGGCACGCAAGCAGUUCUUCGACAUGGCCUCCGCGCGCGUGUCGACCCGUCUGGAGAAAGAAACCUCGCGCCCCGACUUCUUCACCUUCAUCCUGCAGAACCAAUCACACGCCAACCGCGCGCUGUCACGGGGCGAAAUGGACACAAACGCCGUCGUCUUCCUUGUCGCGGGCUCCGAAACAACGGCAACCACACUCUCGGGGACGACCUACCUGCUCCUGAAAAAUCGCACAGCGUACAACCGGCUCACAACCGAACUGCGCACCGCCUUCCCCACCGCGUCCUCAAUCACCCUCGACGCCGUAAACACGCUCCCCUACCUCCUCGCCGUCCUGCAGGAAGGACUACGCUACUACCCGCCCGUCCCCACGGGCUUUCCGCGCACCGUCCCCGGCGCGGGGCAGGUCAUCAGCGGCCACUUCAUCCCAGGGGGAACGAGCGUGUACGUGUCGCAGCACGCAGCGAACCACAGCGCGCGCAACUUUGCCGACGCCGACGCGUUUGUGCCCGAGCGCUGGCUGGCGGGGGAGAGGGGGGACAAGUACGAGGAGGAUCGCAGGGAGGUUGUGCAGCCGUUUAGUUUGGGGCCCAGGAAUUGUUUGGGGAAGAAUCUCGCAUACGCCGAAAUGCGCCUCAUCCUCGCGAAACUCCUCUACACGUUCGACCUCGAGCUCGUGCAGCCGGAGCGGGAGUGGAUGGAGGAGCAGCGCGUGUUUGCGCUGUGGGAGAAGCCGCCGCUUGCGGUGCGGUUGACGGCUGUGCGGCGAUGA